CAGUGGUCCUAGAAGAAGCGGUAAGAAUACAAAAGCCCAACUUAAUGGCAGACUUGUCAACUGCCAACAUGAGCCAAGCCAUCGCCCGUGUAACAUCUUGAAUAGCCAUGACGCAGUCGGUUGUUGUCCAGGUUGGACAAUGCGGAAAUCAGAUUGGUUGUCGGUUUUGGGAUCUUGCUUUGAAAGAGCAUGCCCACUUUAACAAAAGCGGCUUGUACGACGACACCAUUGGAACGUUUUUCCAUAAUGUGGACUCAAGGAAUGGAGUACAUGUAGCCGGUGGUGAAAGAAUCCAACUGCUGAAAGCACGGGCAGUGCUGGUGGACAUGGAGGAGGGUGUGGUCAGCGAGAUUCUGCAGGGCCCUUUGAGGGACGUGUUCGACAGCACUCAGCUCCUCACGGACGUAUCAGGUGCAGGCAACAACUGGGCAGUUGGACAUUUGACGUACGGAUCAACGUACAGGGAGGAAAUACUGGACAAGCUGCGAAAGGCUGCUGAACAAUGUGACUGUCUGCAGUCCUUCUUUCUUCUCCACUCCAUGGGAGGAGGUACAGGUUCCGGACUAGGAACCAAAGUGCUCAGCCUCCUCAAGGAUGAAUUCCCUGAGGUGUGUAGAAUUGUCACCCCCGUGUAUCCGUCCUCGGAGGAUGAUGUCAUCAUCUCCCCCUACAACAGCAUCCUGGCCAUGAGGGAACUCACGGAGAAUGCCGACUGUGUCCUGCCUGUUGAAAAUCAGGCAUUGGUUGAGAUAUUGAACAAGAUCAAACAGACAUCCCAUCGUGGACAGUCAGGUGCCAUCAGGAAAGACGGCAUCGAGCGGCCGUUUGAUGCCAUGAAUAACAUUGUGGCGAAAAUGUUGCUCAACAUGACCAGCUCAGCGCGUUUUGAGGGCACCCUAAACAUGGACGUGAACGAAAUCACCAUGAACAUGGUUCCUUUCCCUCGAUUACACUACCUGGUGCCAAGCCUCAGUCCUCUUCACUCGUUGGCAGAUAUCCAUGCACCAACCAGAAGCCUGGACCAAAUGUUUGCCGAUGCGUUCAGUAAAGGCCACCAGUUAAUGAAAGCCGACCCCAAGCAAGGUCUCCACCUGGCCUGUGCCCUCAUGCUCAGGGGGAACGUUCAAGUCUCUGACCUGCGCAGGAACAUCGAGAGGUACAAGCCUUUGUUCCCGUUCGUGUCGUGGAACCAAGAAGGGUGGAAGACGAGUCUGUGUUCUGUGCCCCCCGUUGGUCACGCUCGAUCCUUGCUAGCCUUGGCCAACACCACCGGAAUCAAGUCCACAUUUGUGGAGCUGAGGGAACGCUUCACCAGGCUUUACAAGAAGAAGGCACACUUACAUCAUUACCUGCAAGUAGACGGCAUGGAGCUGGCUUUAUUAGCAGAGGCCGUCACCUCCCUGGACUCUCUGAUUGACGAGUAUCGUCAUCUGGAUACGGGGAACUUGAUAUCGGAUAUACCGAGAGUCAACAUUGCUAAAUGAACGCUGUUCCUAUCGCUUUCGUGGCGUGUUUCGAAUAAAUACGCCAUUGACGUUAAAGUGAAAGCGAUAGGGAAGUAUACCGACAGUCAAUAGAAAAGUUGAGGUAGAAAUGUAUGCAUAUUUCCAUAUUUUUGUGGAUUUAUUGUUGAGAUAGAGUUGUCAUGUUGUCACGGUUCACAUAGUUUGGUCUCAAACAAACAAGCAAAAGUGGACCAAAUACAUUUUGCGCCAUACUGAGAAGAUGUUUACGUUUGUAGUCCUAUAUAAAAGGCCCCAAAAAAAGGCCAGCAUUGUUAGUGCAGUGAACGACGUCUCCUGGUACUGGGUAAAGUAAAGGCCGGUUUGAGCUACAGUGAUAUAGCCGCAUGAACGCCACAACACGACAAUAGACCACGCCCACGACAAAAGAGAGUGACAAACUCCCGACCGGGAUCGCUGCAUCCACUUGCAACACCUGUGGAACCGGUUUUCGCCGUGCCAGUCGUAGAGCAACAGAAACACCCGGAUCAGCAGCCCCACUGUGCGUCAACCCGGCUUUAGUUUAGGUGCCGGGGGUCGGCAACCUUUACGAUCAAAGGAAAAUAGACCGAUAAUAACAAUAAUUUAAAAACCAUAUCUUUCUUGAUUUUACCAGUUUUAACAGCAGAAUGCAACAAACUGUUGUUUCUCGCCACAUUUGAAGCAUAAAAGCUUCCGCUUCCUGUCCAUUCCUCAAACUCAUCCAAUCGCUAGUCAGAACUCUGCCGGGAUUCAUUCAGGGUCUCACAGAAAGUCCGAUUUUUUUUAUUUUUUAGAAAGUCAUUACAAAAAGAUACUUGAGCAUUGCUAAAGGAGCCGCAACAAAGAAGCUGAAGAGCCACAUGCGGCUCUGGAGCCGUGGGUUGCCAACCCCUGGUUUGGUUUAGGGCUUCAAAAUAAAACUGAUGUUGAAAAAUAUGGUUUAAAGUUUCUAUUGACUGUCAGUGUAUUACAAGUAUAGCAGUACUUCUCAAAUAACGGCAGGGAGUACUUUCAAUGUUAGUGCAGACCUGCAAACAUGUACUGAACAUGCCAUUUGACUCCAGAACAGGGGUCUCAAACACGCGGCCCGCGGGCCAAAUGUGGCCCGCAGGACACUAGUUUGAGGCCCCAGCCUUGAUAUGAAAGUUGAAUGUUAGUUUGAUAUGGAUGCUGUAUGGUAUCAUGUACCCAGAAAAAAUGAUUACGUUUGAUUCAUGUUCAUGUUCAAGGUUAAAUAACUGUUAAUAGUUAUCCUCCCUAUCCGUGUGGAAGUGGUAAGUUUUUGGCUAUUUCAGUUGAAAGGAAAUAACUCAAAGGCUACCGUUUAGGUGGCUAGCUCUCUAGUUUGCGAGUUAGCAUGUGUCUCAAGACCCUGCAGUUGCGCAAUAUGUUGUAAAUAAAAAGAGUAUGUGACUAUAGUCGUGUUUUGUCAUGUCUACAGGGCUCUAAUAAUGCUUUGUUCAUUUUAAUAUGAAAAAAAUCAUUUGUCUACCCACCAACUAUAUGUGCUUUCUUAAGUUUUUAUUAUUAUUAUAUUUAUUUAUUACUGAUUGAUUGAUUUUCU